AGUUGGUUGUUUUCCUUCUACAUCCAGAUUGAGCUUUCAUGUCCAAAGUAGCAAUUUUGUUCCUGCCAACUGCUUUGUUUUUUAAGCCUUCCAUACACUGCAGAUAGAACACUUAUCUUCUUAUAAUCUAACAUGAAGGUUCCAUGUGUAACCAUACAACUUGACUCUGUAGCUGAAGUGGCUCCCAAAUCAAAUGUCAACGACUCUUGCAGCAAUCUUGGGAGGUGCUGCAGGAGCCGUGGCAUUGGUGGGGAUGGUGAUUACACUUAUCUGGUUCUGCCUCUUUCAUAAUAGAAGUGCUGGAAGAACUUCUGAGACAGGGUCUUCUGAUCCCUCAGUUCAAGUGGAAAGAUCUGUUGGGGUUGAGUUGUCCUUGCGAGAAGCUAGGCAUUUUGAGAUGGAAGAAUUGGCAUUGGCGACAAAAAGUUUUAGUGAUAGAAGUUUAAUCGGAGAGGGUAAAUUCGGGGCGGUAUAUAAAGGUCUGCUAAAUGAUGGGAUGCUUGUAGCCAUAAAAAAGCGAGCUGCUGCACCUAGUCAGGAAUUCAUUGAAGAGGUACGUUAUCUCUCAUCCAUUAAUCACCGAAAUCUCGUGACCCUUUUGGGUUACUGCCAGGAAAAUGAUCAACAGAUCCUCGUUUAUGAGUAUAUUCCUAAUGGAAGUGUUUCCAUUCACUUGUAUGGUGCCGGUCAGGUUUCACAGGAGAAGCUAGAAUUCAAGCAUAGGCUUUCAAUAGCUAUAGGUGCUGCUAAAGGUUUGGCUCAUCUCCACUCCUUAAGUCCCCGUUUGGUACAUAAGGAUUUCAAAACAGCAAAUGUUCUUGUAGAUGAAAAUUUCAUUGCUAAGGUUGCUGAUGCGGGACUUCGCAAUUUCCUUGGAAGAGUUGAUAUUGUGGGCCCAUCUUCUCAUGUGGCAGCCGAUGAGAUGUUCCUUGCCCCAGAGGUGAGGGAGUUCAGACGGUUCUCUGACAAAAGUGAUGUAUAUAGUUUUGGGGUAUUCCUUCUGGAACUAGUAAGCGGGCUUGAAGCAAUGGAGUUGCUAUCUUCAGAUCUUAAUCAAAACCUGGUUGAAUGGGUGCAAAAUUAUCAGGACUCUGGCAAGAUCUCUACCAUCAUUGAUCAAAGAAUGGGAAAUAGCUUCACCACAGAAGGCAUGGAAGAGUACAUUCAGUUGAUUAGCAGGUCCGUGGACCCUACUAGUGAUAGACGACCUUCCAUGAGCUAUGCGGUAAUGGAAUUGGAUCGAAUACUAGAGAAAGAGAUGAACUUGACAACAAUCAUGGGGGAAGGAACCCCAGUUGUCACCCUUGGAAGCCAACUAUUCAGGGCCUCGAAAUGAAAAAGAAAAACGAAAGAUGGAUCAGCUUGUUUGCUUUCCAACUGUUAAGUAUCUUCCUUGUGAAUUUUUUUUUGCUCUCAAACACCAGAGGAAAGAGAACCAGCUGUUUGAUAAGUGUAUAAAGAACAGCUGUAUUAUUUUGUUAUUUUUUUCCUUCAUAAAUGUGUGAAAAUAAUGUUGUAAACUAUGUUCUUUGUACUUACCGAAAACAGAAAACAUUGCUGGUUGUUACUGUACAUAUACAUUGAAGUUUGGAUAAGGUUGGUGUGGAUUUGGUAUGCUUUCGAA